AUGUUUUACUAUAGAGGUAUUAAAUAUAAUGAUGGGACUGUUCCAAUUGAAUUAAUAAUCCAAUCGAAUACUAAAAUAUCAAUCCUAAGAGAACAUAUAUUGAGUGAAGAAGUAGACGACGAAACGGUGGACUACCCCUUAGUUGAUCUUGCGAAUUGUUUUCAACAUUUAAACAAAAAGAUUCGUCUCCAGCUUUAUAUAAAAACUAAUUUUGACAUAAUUAGAAAUAAAAAAACAAACAUCAAUUCUUGCUGCGGAUCUCUAGUAGAUAAGUUCAAGUGGAAAAUUGAAGCAAGAAUUAUUAAUUUUGAAAUUCCGUUUACCAACCACUUCACAAAAGGUCAACAUGUUGAAGUUAUUGGUAUCAUUGAUAUCUCUUAUCAAAACGAAGACGACAAUGAUUAUCCUGUAGUACAGAUUAACGAAUGCUAUCAAUACUUAAGAGAGAAAAUUCGACUUCAAGGUUACAUUAAAACAAAUUUUGACAUCGUGAAGAAUAGAAUCGAUAAUACAUCAACUUGCCAAGGUUCUCUAGCCAAUAAAUUAAAAUUUAAAUUGGAAGCAAAAAUAAUUCAUUUUGAGUUGCCAUUUAUUAAUAGAUUUAACAAAGGUGAUCAUGUUGAGGUCAUUGGAGUGGUUAAAAAAAUUUUUAACUCGUUGGUAACUCUCACGCAAAACAUCCCUGAGCAAAGGUUUUUUGAGUGUCCAACUGUGCGAAGAGUUGCUGAUAAAACUAGUAAAACAAGAAUAACUUUCAAACGGUUCUACUGA